CUCAGAAUAUAACAAUACCAACUCUAUUAGGCCGUCAGAUAUCGAAAUAUAUUUAUCCAUUAAAUGAGAAAACAAUCGCUUUUCCAUAUCCACUUAAUAAUGAUGAAAAUAUUUUGCACGAUAUAUUAAAAUGGGAACUCUUCUUUUUACAAAUUGGAUGUAAGACACCAGUAUUAUGUAUUACUGAAAUGGAUGUAUUAAAUACACUUCCAAUUUUACCGUCGUUUACCUCUUAUUUCAGUUUAUCAAUUAAAUUAGCUGAAGAAAUCUUAAAUUAUCGGUCAGAGACCAUACGAACUUUUCUACAAAAAUUUCCAAUUUUAUGUUCAAACGAAUUGAUCAGUCCUGUAUCGGCAACAUAUGAUCAAACAUUAAUCAAUGAUUUACAAUUUUUACCUCAUCUUGAUAUUCCUCCACAUACACGUCAUUUAGCAAGUUUAUUAAGUGUUUGCACUGAAAUCAAUUUAAAAUCUUGUUUAACUGUUCUACAGAUACUAUGCAUUAAUCAAAACAAAGAUAUUGAUUUGUAUAUUGAAUGGAUGGUCCGUUUACAAUUGUACAUUCGAGAACAACAAAAACAAUUUCACUUAGAAGAUAUACUAUAUAUAUGUAAACUAUACAUACCUGAAUCAGAUAAAUUUUGUUCAUUAAAUGAACUGUUUAUUACUACAAAUGAUAAAUAUACAGAAGAAAUGAAAAUUAUUACAAAGUAUUUAAACUAUGAAUAUAUCUCACCAACUUUUAAUAGUAGAUACUGGCAGUUUAAAACGUUACUUAUAACUCUUAAUCAUUGUCAUUGUCAACCAACCAUAGCGGAAUUAAUUGCUGUUUUACAAUUGUUUAGUCAAGAUAAAAAUAAUUUUUAUCAAAUAAGUGAUUGUACAAUGAUCUUGACCGAAAUAGGAAACGAAAAUGUUUCGAUUUUAUUGCAAUAUUUGGAAACAUUUUUAUUAUCAAAGAUCUUAGAUGAUCAUUCAGAAUUAUGUCAGGUAGUCAAUCAACGAAAUAUGACUGCACCUUAUGGUAGUAAAGAUGAUUGGAAUUGA